AAUUGGAGCGGAGAUAAAACCUUAGCCAACCCUAAUUUCCUCUCUCUUAAACCCCGUCUGUAACGCAGCUGCCUUUUUUGUCUCUCGAGCUCCUUCGCUUCGCCAUGGCAUCAGAGAAGAAACUAUCGAACCCAAUGAGGGAGAUUAAAGUUCAGAAACUUGUCCUCAACAUCUCCGUCGGUGAAAGCGGUGAUCGUCUCACCCGUGCAGCCAAGGUGUUGGAACAACUCAGUGGUCAGACACCUGUCUUCUCCAAGGCUAGAUACACUGUGAGAUCUUUUGGAAUCAGGCGUAAUGAGAAGAUUGCUUGCUACGUGACAGUGAGGGGAGAGAAGGCUAUGCAGCUUCUUGAAAGCGGUUUGAAGGUUAAGGAGUAUGAGCUUUUGAGGAGGAACUUUAGUGAUACUGGCUGCUUCGGAUUCGGUAUCCAGGAGCACAUUGAUCUUGGCAUCAAGUAUGACCCUUCAACUGGUAUCUAUGGUAUGGACUUCUAUGUUGUUCUGGAACGAGCCGGGUACCGUGUGGGUCGGCGUCGCAGGUGCAAGUCACGUGUUGGUAUUCAGCACAGAGUUACUAAGGAGGAUGCCAUGAAAUGGUUCCAGGUCAAAUAUGAAGGUGUCAUCCUUAACAAGUCUCAAAAUAUUGGAGCUUAGGAAUAACAGAUAACGAGCUCAGUUGAGUUGUUUUUUUGUUUUGGUUACUUGAUUUUGACUAGUUUCUGUGUAUCAGUUGUUGUUUGCUUGUAGUGAUCUAUGAUCGACUUCAAAAUCCCAUGUACUUUUUCUGUUGGUUUAAUUACUUAAUCAAUGUAGCACUUGGGAAAUGCUUUUCUCUAUUCAAUUAUUUUAACAACUUUAGCAAGGUUGGAGAUUUUUCUGCAUAAUGAGAAGGAAUUGCAAUAUUGAGCCUAAAUUGGAACAUUAUGCAU